UGUGGCAAUCCGUUGCGCUCGCAGCUCCUGCCCCUGCAAGGGUCGCCCAAGUUGCCCUCGCUUGGAUCAAGCCAAGGUGCCCUACGGUGCUCGCAGCUUUAUCUGCCGAACAUCGAGCGGCCAACUGUCUUCGUCAAAUCUUCAUUCAAUUCCACCUCCGCCCUCGUGCUUCAUAUCAAUCGGCAAUCUAUUCCUUCUUCCUUCCUUCGUCCUCGUACUCUUCGAGCUCCUCGUCCGGCGAUGGACUUGCUCUCCGCAACAGCGAGAAUGAAAUCAACUGGAACAGGAAGAGCCGGGGAAUGGUCGUGAAUUGCGUGCGAGAAUGGGAUUCGCGUGGGAAUGUGCUCUUGCGCACACGAUGGUUUUCGUCUGCUAGCAAGGCACGUGAGCCCAGGGGAAUACCCAAGAUUCAACUGCGAACUGGGUUUUUUCUGAUGGUGACAAAACCUUGACGUGGAGUGGGAAGAUUGGAGGAUUUUCACUGCUGGGGCAAGGACUGGUGGGGGGCCACCCGUUCCUCAUCGCCACUGUUUGGGGUGCAUCGACCCUUCUUCCCUGUUACCAAUUGGGAACAUCGUUACUGCGUGCAUCUCCGGCGCUGGCAGUGUUGUCAGGUGCUCACUGCCGUUCAGUUCGUCGUUGUGCCCAUCUUGUGCUCGGCAUUUCAUGCUGGGUAGUGGCCGUUUUGGUCUACCGUACCGUCUGAUGGAGGGGUUCUGUAGAGGCAAUGGAACGAAUUGAUCAUCUUUGUAGCUCGAUCUAGUGAGGAUCGAGUGUGGAGAGGGGCAGGGAACCUGUCGUGAGAGAGUGAAGGUUCUGAGGUCGGAAUUGGUUGAUGCUGCCACGUUGUCGCAUUGUCACAUUGUAAGGCAGAGGAGUUUGAAAAUGAUAGGUGCGAGGAUGUUGAACAGCCGUGCCUCGCUUCUUCAAUUCUCGUCCUCCCAGUCUUCAUUACCGUCAUCUCUAGCGUGCAAGAAAGAAUUUGCAUGCUUGCCUUCGAACGCAUCGACUGCUCGGAGGAGCCCUAGGAAGAGCUUUUCUCCUGUGGUUUUUAAUUCGAGUGGAGCGCAUUUGACUGGCCAAUGCGGGUUAGGUGCCUUCGGAAAGCAGAAGAAGGUGCAAUGUGGUGGAAACAAAAAUGGGAGACGGAGAAUUGCUGUGCAAUGUGAGGCGGACGGGAAUCAAAUGCAUGAGAGUAAUUCAGGACAGUCUAGAACCGGAAAUGGGGUCAGUCAGGGCUCGGCGACUGAUCAUGAAGUUAGUGCUGCAGGUCAGUCUUCAGCUGAAGAACAAGACCUAUGUGAUAUGGAGCGCGAGUCUCCAGCCGCUAUAUUGAAGGAGCUGUUGCGACUGGCUCAAGAGGACCUUGAAAUGGCGAGGAAGAACUCUGACAGGUUAGCAGAGAAAGCACGGAAGAUGGCUGAGAAAGCCAUGGCAUUGCAAGAGGAGGCAGUGAAAGCACAAAAAGCUGCGAAUGAUGCGAAAGUAGAGGUAGAAGACAUUCUUCAGCGAGAAUCCGACGGUGAAGUUGCUUUGGCGUCUGCUAGUUCUGCAUACGAGGCUGCACAAGAGCAUGUAGAACAGAUUGAAAAAGCUCUGAAGGCUGCACAGUCGAAUUUCAGGAGCAAAGAGACAGCUACGGACGAGGUUCAAGGAGCAGGUGACACCGAAGAUCCUAAACGCGUAGAGACAGAUGUCAGAGUCGGCGAUGUCAAAGGAGAAGCCGAUAUUGAAACCGUGGGAUUACAGGAAAGGGAUUCUGCUAUGUUGCAGUGUGAGAAAGAGCUCGAUGCUGCAAUCGCAGUACUAAAAGAAAAAGAAGUCGAGUAUGUAAAAUGCGAGGAGGAGCUAUCUCGAAUUCAGUUUCUGAAGGCUGAAAUUCAGGAGAAGGCGGUAUCGUUAAGUGAGGCGUUCGAAAAGGCACGGAAUGCCGCUGCUGCAGCUGAUUCAGAGGUUGCCAUAGCCAUGUCACUUGCCGAAGAAUCUGUUGCCAUGGAAGUUGAAGCAACUCAAAGAGUAAGCGACGGAGAGAUUGCUCUGCAGAAGGCUGAGGGAUCACAGAAAGAUGCUGCCCAGGCUGCAUCUGCGCUCGCGGCUGUGGAUAUAGCAGAAAAGCUUUCCUUGCAGGUGGCCAAGACAGCUGAAGUUCUAUUGCUAGAAACCGAGUUGAAACAGGAAGAUGAUGAAAGCAAGGAAGGCAUUGCAACUGAAGUGGAGAAGCUCGAGGAAAUCAUGGAUCUUCAUGAAAGGGCAGGCUUUACGAGUCCUAUGAAUGUGGCGGAAUCUGCAGUCCCGUUGGAGAAGCAAAUCAAACAAAGUGACGAUGACUUGAGCUCAAAGAACGAAGCAGAAGCUGAAAAAGCCGCUAAGAAACCGGAAUCAAAGUCUUCUACUAAGAAAUCAUCUAGGUUUUUUCCAGCUUCGUAUUUUUCCACGGAUGAUGAAGGAGAGUUUACGCCUACUACGGUCUUUUCAGAGUUGGCAACUGCGGUUCGUGCUCAACUUGGCAAGGUGGUGAUUGGCGCUGCCCUGUUGCUCGCUGGAGGAGUGUAUUUAAACAAUCGCAUGGAGAAGCGGGCUAUAUUAUCUGAAAUUCCACCCACUACAACCAGCAUAGAAGUUCAGCAGAAAGGAAGGCCACUGAUCAAAGAAAUUCAAAAGUUACCUAAACGUGUGAAAAAGUUAAUUGAAAAGCUUCCUCAUCAAGAGCUAAAUGAGGAGGAAACAUCGCUAUUCGAUGUUCUUUGGUUGCUUCUGGCUAGUGUCGUUUUUGUACCCCUUGUUCAAAAGAUACCAGGAGGUAGUCCUGUACUAGGAUAUCUGGCUGCAGGUGUGUUGAUUGGGCCAUAUGCGCUCUCUAUCAUUCAAAAUGUCCACGGAACUAAAGCCAUCGGCGAGUUUGGAGUUGUAUUUUUGCUAUUCAAUAUUGGUCUUGAGUUAUCGGUGGAGAGAUUGAGCUCCAUGAAGAAGUAUGUGUUUGGAUUCGGAUCAGCUCAGGUGCUGGCAACUGCUGUGGCCGUUGGCUAUUUUACAUUUCUUGUUUCUGGAGCAUCCGGUCCUCUCGCGAUUGUUAUUGGAAAUGGACUGGCUCUUUCUUCAACAGCUGUAGUCCUUCAGGUGCUGCAAGAGCGCGGUGAGAGCACAUCUAGACAUGGCCGAGCUACCUUCUCCGUGUUACUGUUCCAGGAUUUGGCAGUAGUGGUGUUGCUUAUUUUAAUUCCACUUCUAUCGCCUAACUCGUCCAAAGGAGGGGUAGGGUUCCAGGCCAUUGCUGAGGCUUUGGGAUUGGCAGCUGUCAAGGCUGUUGUUGCUAUAACUGCUAUCAUAGCUGGAGGUCGACUGCUUCUACGACCUAUAUACAAGCGCAUGGCAGAUAAUCACAAUGCAGAAAUUUUUGCAGCGAACACACUUUUGGUGGUUCUUGGUACAAGUUUUUUUACUGCACGGGCCGGCUUGUCGAUGGCUCUUGGAGCUUUCCUUGCAGGUUUGCUGUUAGCGGAAACUGAGUUUGCUCUGCAAGUGGAAUCGGAUAUUGCCCCAUACCGAGGAUUAUUGCUUGGCCUCUUCUUCAUGACGGUGGGCAUGUCUAUAGAUCCAAAGUUGUUGGUGGCUAAGUUUCCUAUGAUUAUGGGAGCACUCACUUUGUUGAUUGUGGGUAAAACCUUGAUUGUGACUGGCUUGGGUCGAUGCUUUGGUCUUUCAACCGUGGCUGCCGUACGUGCUGGGCUCUUCCUGGCUCCUGGAGGAGAGUUUGCAUUUGUCGCAUUUGGUGAAGCAGUGAAUCAGGGAAUCAUGUCUCUUGAAAUGUCGUCUUUGCUGUUCUUGGUAACGGGCCUGUCAAUGGCCAUCACCCCGUGGCUUGCUGCUGGAGGUCAGCUCAUUGCAAGUCGCUUUGAUCAACAAGACGUUCGCAGUCUACUCCCAGCAGAAAGCGAGACCGACGAUCUUCAAAAUCACAUGAUUAUCUGUGGAUUUGGAAGAGUAGGACAGAUUAUUUCGCAAUUAUUGGCUGAGAGGUUGAUACCAUUUGUUGCUCUUGAUGUGCGAAGUGAGCGUGUCAGCAUGGGACGAGCUCUGGAUCUGCCUGUGUUCUUUGGAGACGCAGGAAGCCGGGAGAUAUUGCAUAAAGUAGGAGCAGAAAGAGCAUCCGCAGCCGUCAUAGCAUUGGACACACCUGGAGCGAACUACCGAACUGUGUGGGCUUUAAGCAAAUAUUAUCCUCAUGUGAAGACUUUUGUACGUGCUCACGACGUGGAUCAUGGAAUGAGUUUGGAGAAGGCCGGAGCAACUGCGGUUGUGCCAGAGACACUGGAGCCGAGUUUGCAGCUAGCAGCCGCUAUUCUUGCUCAGGCCAAACUACCGCCAUCAGAGAUUGCAUCAGCAAUUGACCAGUUCCGGUCCAACCAUCUCUCAGAACUCACAGAGCUGUCGGAAGCAAGCGGGAGCUCACUUGGAUACGGCACUACUCGCAACAAGACGAGAUCAAAGCUCGUCCCAACAGAGCUCAUCUCCAAAGAAGAUGAUGGAAACUACAGUGCACCGCCAGGCAUUGUAGCUGUUCCCUAGUUGCUACCGACUAUAUUGGUGACAUGUUGAUGCCCCCUGGAGUCAGUGUUGGGUGUGCAUGUGGACGGAAGGCGAAAGAGUUCAACGUAAAAUUGAACAUCAAUGCUACACUUCACCACAGAAUUUUUUACUCAAAUUUUUCUGCUUAGCUUUUCUUUAUUUAUUUAAUGUCGAAGAGUCCUUAUCAUCAGUUUUAUAGAGUGCUCAAUUUGAUGUCCUUGGAAGAUGCCGAAUGGAAAGAAUAGCAUCAUGGAAAGUGGAACCAUAUGAAUGUAGUUUCUCAUAAUGCAGAUGUGUAGAUCGUUUCAAGUUUCAUUUUGGAAAGACAAUUUUAUUGAACUUGGCCAUUGAGUAUCAUCAGAUGGAAUGUUGAAAUUGUAACUUUGCUUUAUAACCAUGAGUAGUGGAAAAUAAAAAGUUCUUGAAUAAAGAUGUA